AUGGUCGGAGAUCCGAAUUUGAAGGCUCGCACUGAAAAUUAUAGUACUUUGGUGAUACCACCGUCAGCCACGAAAAACGAACAACUUGAAUCAGGUUAUGGUUCUACAAAUUCUGCUAGUGAUGACUCAUCAGGCUGUCGACGAACUAAUAUAGCAAAAUCGCGAAAACAGCCUCGUCACACGUCUAUUCCAAUGGUGGACAUCAAUCGCUCUAAAAAUGUAUUACAUGGCACAUAUCAAUGUGAUUCAACAGAGUGCAAUAAUACAAAACAACAGCAGCUUCAGCCGUUUAAUCUGGAUCCGAUCAAUAAUUAUCAUCGUUUAAAGACAGCAAACUCACAGAUCUCAAUUGAUGCGACACCUUUUCAAAAAUUUAUACCAAAUAACAAGAUAUAUAACAACGGAAAUAGUAAAAAACUAUGUUCCAAACCUACCAAUACUUCAACUGAACAUAGUCGCAAACUUCAUACUCCUGUGAAGAAAGAUAAUGAUAUUGUCAAUUAUUCAGAUGAUUGGGACUCAGACUAUUCUGAUGAUUGGGAAUCAGAAGUAGAUGAAAAACCAAAAAUAACGACUGCAAUUAAGUUACCUUCAACAGAACCAAAAAUACCGGAUAACUCUCUUAAUCUUAUACCAUCUGAUCCGACAGCUUUCGAAGCAUCUUUCUGUCGUAAACGUCAGGCAGCCAUCGAUAAUAUGUCAUAUCGACAAGCUGUCGACAGUUGGAAAGCAAAGGGUCUUCAUGAUGUUGCCAAACUCAUCAAUGAAUUAUCAUCAGGCAAGAAUUUGAUCGAUCGUGCUUGGAUUGUUUUUUAUUGGGUUUCACAAAAUAUCGAAUAUGACGUAGAAGCUUACUUUAGUGGAAAUAUUCACCAUCAAACAGCGGCUGAUAUCUUUGCAAGUCGCAAAGGAGUUUGUGAUGCAUUUGGAACUAUUUUCGAAACUCUCUGCACAGCAGUUCAGAUUGAAUGCAAGAAGAUUAGUGGUUACGCUAAAGGAUAUAGUUUUAAAAUGGGACAAAAAUCAUUUACCCGAACGAAUCAUGCUUGGAAUGUUCUACGUUUAGAAGGACAUUGGUAUCUCGUCGAUUCGACAUGGGGCGCAGGACACUUGGAUAGUAAUAAUCAAAAUCAAAAGGAAUUAAAUUCAUUCUACUUUCUAGUUCCUCCUGAGCAGAUGAUCUAUAGACAUUUACCUGAAGAUUCCCAAUGGCAACUAUUAAUAUCCUCUAUAUCGAUGGAUGACUUUAUUCACAUGCCUUAUGUUCAUCCAGCAUUUUUUGAGCAUAAUCUGGAUAUCGUUUCUCCACGUCACUCUAACACGGCGUUUUUUAACUUGAAUCAUGGACUUUCUGAAGUGCUUGUGCGAGCUCCAUCUGAUGUGACUUUGAUGGGCGACAUCAAAGAAUCAGGAUCCGGAAAAAUUGAGACUAGUAGUCUUAUUCAAUAUGAUACUGAUCGCCAACUAUGGCAAUGUCUCUUUGCACCAAAACGUAGUGGUUCUCAUACAUUGACAAUAUUUACUCGUCGAGAGAUAGAAACAAUAAAAAGUAAAAAUACUGAGAACAAAUAUUCUUGUGCAAUUGAAUUCAGUUUACAUGUACCAAGUGAUGUUGUCAAAAUAAAGCCUUUUCCAUUAACUUACGGAUUAUAUACACAGUGUAAAUGUCAAAUUUUUGAACCUCUUGACGGUGCACUCAAACCUGGUUCGAAAACGACCAUUCACUGUCGCAUACCAAAUGCUUAUUGUGCUCGGCUUCAGCUCGAUGGAGAGUGGCUUUCAGAAGAAAUUUUAAAAGAUGGCAUCUUCAAGAGACAAAUUACAAUUCCACAGCGAGAAAUAAUUAUGUGGGUCAAAUUUCCUGAUAAAAAAAAUACUUCAAAUUACAAUGGACUCUUUCAUUAUUCAAUCAAAUAG